UUUGAUCCUCCACAUAACAAAGGCUUCCAUACAGCCUGCAGCAUUGUUCUGCUGAGGAGAAUAUAGCUCAUAAAACUAUUACCAUUAUCCCUACACAAUACCUUUUCCUGCACCUACUUAAGACCUCAGAUCACUAAUGUAUAUGGCUACGCUGUUUGCCAGUUUGCAUUUUGUCACUCUGUGAUCCCUUGAACUUCUAAGUAUACAGCCAUGCCCGGAUUAUCUCGCUUGUGGCCCCAGGGAAGGCAUUUUCUAUAUGGGCCGAUCUAACUGCCAUGGUCACUGAUCUGCUCUGCACACUGUGCUAAAAGCCCGCCCCUCUAUAACCUGAGGUUAUUGAAAGUAUGUACCUAUGUUAGUUUAUAUAAGAACUUGCAUACAAUUGAACUGCAUACAAAUUAAAUUAGUUAAUCGGGCACUUUAUGGUUACUGGGGGCCAUCAGUAUGGACCCUAUAUAGGCUGGUCUUAACUUAGAAUUAUAAAAUAACCCAAAUAGACUUGUGAACAACCCAGUCAAUGAUGAUAUCACAUCAUCCAAAGUGGACCACUGUUGUCACUACAGUAUAUAACGGGAGUGGCUUCACUGUAGCACAAGUGUACCUUGUCUGGCUGAUCCCGCCCCUAGCUGGGGAGAAAGCUGGUGUACAGGCUUGCAGCGGAGCCCAUCGCAGUUGACUGUUUGAGCAGCCCACCCCUCUCUGCAGUAUGCAUGUUUGCCAGGGAAUCCGCGAAGCGCUCACGUCCCAGCAGUGUACUUCACCGGCGAGAGAUCAUCUACUCAAGAGUCGAGGAUAAUAAAAUUGGAUGUGGCAGGCGGACCGGAGGCGGAAAGCCCGGAGUGACUGGAGGAAUACAGUAUUACUACAGGAAUACAGGCUGCCGCUUUCCUCUGAACGUGGACAAUCAUGCAUGUGCUCUUCUGGGGCUUGGGGUUCCUACUAUUCCCUGAUUUCUUAAAUGUUGUUGCAUCUACGGGGAGAUUACUUUUGAAUUCAAGCACAGUAAAAGAGGAGAUCGGCGCUUAUGAGAUUGUAACACCGCUGCGAGUGAAUGAAGCCGGUGACAAGUUUCCAACCAGUGUGCACUUCAAGAGGAAAAGACGAAGUUUGGACGAGAGCACCGGCAAUAGUACGGAUCACUGGGCCUCGCCAAAUAUCCACUACAGGAUAUCUGCUUUCGGACAGAAUUAUCACCUCAACCUCACGCUGGAUUCGGGAUUUAUCGCACCUCUCUACAGCGUGACAGUACUUGGAGUACCCCGAGGAGAUAACAUAACGGAUUUUGCAACAGAUGCAGAGGUAGAGGAGGAGGAGGACACGGAGUUAAGGCACUGCUUCUAUAAGGGACAUGUAAAUGCACAAGCAGAACAUGCCGCGGUCAUCAGUUUGUGCUCCGGACUGCUUGGCACUUUCAGGUCUCCAGAAGGGGAGUAUUUUGUGGAACCCCUACACAGCUAUCAAGGAGAACACUAUGAAGAGGAACACACAAAACCUCAUAUUGUAUACAAGAAGAGCCCACCCAAGAAACAACAGACAUCUGAGGAGAACUCAGCAUGUGACACUUCAGGACACAAACACAGACAUAAGAGACACAAGCUUAAGAGAAGGCCAGUAGCUGGGGUGACCACUGUGCCCGAUGCAGCCCCUGUGGUAGGUGCUGGUAUAUUCAAUGAUGUGGCGUCACUGAGUGCCGGCCUGGCCAGAGAUGCUUUGCUCAGAUCAGAGAGCGGCAGUGCUAGCGCUAGACCAUCAAAUGAUAGCAGUGGUGACUCAGGACCUCACAGGAGAUCAAAGCGCUUCCUCUCCUACCCGCGCUUUGUUGAAGUCAUGCUGGUGGCCGACAGCAAAAUGGUGGAGCAUCAUGGCAGCAACCUACAGCACUACAUACUCACAUUGAUGUCCAUAGUGUCUUCCAUCUACAAAGACCCCAGCAUUGGCAACCUGAUUAACAUUGUGAUUGUAAAGUUAGUCAUAAUAAACAACGAGCUGGAUGGUCCAGUCAUUUCAUUUAAUGCACAGACCACUUUAAAGAACUUCUGCAUUUGGCAGCAGAGCCAGAACAUCCUGGAUGAUAACCACCAUUCCCAUCACGACACUGCCAUCCUAAUCACCAGGCAGGACAUCUGCAGAGCAAGGGACAAGUGUGAUACCUUAGGACUUGCAGAGUUGGGGACGGUGUGUGAUCCGUACAGGAGCUGCAGCAUCAGCGAGGACAACGGACUUAGCACUGCAUUCACCAUCGCCCAUGAACUUGGUCAUGUGUUCAACAUGCCUCAUGACGACAGUAACAAGUGCAAGGAGGACGGAGUCAAGAUUCAGCAACAUGUGAUGGCUCCCACACUUAACUACAACACAAACCCUUGGAUGUGGUCUAAGUGUAGCAGGAAGUACAUCACCGAGUUCCUCGACACAGGAUAUGGUGAGUGCUUGCUCGAUGAGCCCGUUUCUAGGCCUUACAGUCUGUCGCAGCAGCUGCCUGGACGGAUAUACAACGUCAAUAAACAGUGUGAAUUGAUAUUUGGGCCGGGAACUCAGGUGUGCCCUUAUAUGACCCAGUGUCGGCGGUUGUGGUGCACCAGUCCAGAGGGUGCCCAGCGGGGCUGCAGGACCCAGCACAUGCCGUGGGCAGACGGCACUGACUGCUCCCCUGGAAAGCACUGCAAACACGGCCUGUGUAUAGCAAAAGAGCAUGACGCCACACCUGUGGAAGGGGCAUGGGGAGUUUGGAGUCCUUUUGGUACCUGUUCACGGACAUGCGGCGGGGGCAUCAAGAUUGCCGUGCGCGAAUGCAACCGACCCGUGCCCAGAAAUGGAGGAAUGUAUUGUGUGGGACGCCGAAUGAAGUUUCGUUCCUGUAACUCUGAGCCCUGCUCCAAGCAGAAGAAGGACUUCAGGGAGGAGCAAUGUGCGGCUUUCGAUGGCAGGCACUUCAACAUCAACGGUCUACCUCCUAAUGUUCGCUGGGUGCCCAAGUACAGCGGAAUCCUGAUGAAGGACAGGUGUAAGCUGUUCUGCAGGGUGGCCGGCAGCACAGCUUACUAUCAGCUCAGGGACAGGGUCAUUGAUGGCACGCCAUGCGGACCCGAUACCAACGACAUCUGUGUCCAGGGCCUGUGCAGGCAAGCGGGCUGUGACCACGUAUUGAACUCUAAAGCAAGGAGGGACAAGUGUGGCGUGUGCGGAGGUGACAACUCUUCCUGCAAAACUGUGGCAGGCACCUUCAACAUCGUCCGCUAUGGUUACAAUGAAGUAGUGCGAAUACCCAGUGGUGCUACAAAUAUAGAUGUGCGACAACACAGCUACUCAGGGAAACCGGAGGAUGACAACUACCUCGCCAUAUCAAAUAGCCGUGGAGAGUUCCUGCUUAACGGAGAGUUUGUGGUCAGCAUGUUCAAAAGGGAAAUCAAAGUAGGAAACGCUGUCAUCGAGUACAGUGGCUCUGACCACGUCAUUGAGAGAAUCAACUGUACUGACCGCAUCGAGGAGGAGAUUAUUGUCCAGGUGCUAUCUGUGGGCAACCUUUACAACCCAGAUGUCAGGUACUCCUUUAACAUCCCCAUAGAGGACAAACCGCAGCAAUUCUUCUGGGAUGCCUAUGGGCCCUGGCAGGAGUGCAGCCGCCUGUGCCAAGGAGAGCGCAAGCGGAAGAUUCUCUGUAGCAGAGAGUCAGACAGGGUGGUGGUGUCAGACCAAAGGUGUCACGGUACAGCUAGACCGGCCGUCAUCACUGAGCCCUGCAACACUGAAUGUGAACUCAGGUGGCAUGUGGCUCGUAAGAGUGAGUGCACGGCCCAGUGCGGCCUUGGAUAUCGUACCCUGGAAAUAUAUUGUGCCAAAAUCAGCCGUGCAGAUGGCAAGACCCAGAAGGUUGAUGAUCGCUACUGUAGUGGUCAGCGCAAACCUGAUGAUAAGGAAGGCUGCCAUGGAGACUGUAACCCCGGUGGCUGGGAGUACUCGCCUUGGUCAGAGUGCUCCAAGAGCUGUGGUGGGGGCACCCGCCGUCGAGGGGCAGUGUGUCGAAAGGCAGCCGAGGCCGGCAGUGAUGAGAGCAAAUGCAGUCAAAGGGACAAGCUGACCGCCCAACCCUGCAAUGAUUUCCUGUGUCCACAAUGGAAGACCGGUGACUGGUCUGAGUGCCUCGUGACGUGCGGGAAAGGCUAUAAGCACCGUCAGACUUGGUGUCAGUUUGGUGAGGACCGUUUAGAUGACCGCUUUUGUGGCUCAGCAAAACCUGAGUCUGUGCAGACAUGCCAGCAGCAGGAGUGUGCCUCUUGGCAGGUUGGACCCUGGGGACAAUGCACUACCUCGUGUGGGCCAGGCUACCAGAUGCGAGCGGUGAAGUGUGUGGUUGGCUCUUAUGGGGCUGUCAUGGAUGACACUGAAUGUAAUGCUGCCACCCGACCCACUGACACCCAGGACUGUGAACUGGCCCAGUGUCCCAGCAGCCACCCUGUUCCCCCAGGGACCAAAGUCCCCUCCCACCAGGGCCACAAAACCCAGUGGCGUUUUGGUUCCUGGACCCAGUGUAGUGCCAGCUGUGGCAAAGGUACGCGGAUGCGUUAUGUGAGUUGCCGUGACAACCAGGGUGGAGUGGCAGAUGAGUCGGCCUGCGCCCAUCUACCAAAACCCCCUGCCAGAGAAGUGUGCUCAGUAGUGGCCUGCGGACAGUGGAAAGUGCUGGAAUGGACAGUGUGCUCAGUGACCUGUGGCCAAGGGAAGACGACACGGCAGGUACUGUGCGUCAACUUCAGUGACCAAGAAGUGAAUGCUAAUGAGUGUGACCCAGACGAUCGUCCUACCACAGAGCAGGACUGCGCUAUGUCUCAAUGCCCGUCCCACUCCAGUGAGUCCCGACCUUUCCCGUCCUCACCAAACACCAGCACCAGGAACAACCUGCCCCGUAGCCAAUCCCACCAGUGGCGGACUGGACCCUGGGGCGCGUGCUCCAGCACAUGUGCAGGAGGUUUCCAGCGGCGUGUAGUAGUGUGCCAGGAUGAGAAUGGGUACCCUGCCAACAGCUGUGAGGAUCGCAGCCGGCCCAAUGAGCAACGAUCCUGUGAGUCAGGGCCAUGUCCACAGUGGAUCUAUGGCAACUGGGGAGAGUGCACCAAGCCAUGUGGCGGUGGGAUAAAGACGAGGCUGGUGGUGUGUCAGCGUCCAAACGGCGAACGUUUCAAUGAUCUGAGCUGCGAGAUCCAUGACAAGCCACCAGAUCGUGAGCAGUGCAAUACUCAGCCGUGCCCGUCUAGCCCCCACUGGAACACAGACCCAUGGAGCUCGUGCUCUGCCUCCUGUGGAAGAGGGUUCAAGUCUCGUAAGGUGAGCUGUGUGACCGGGUCAGGCCGCUCUGUCCCAGAGGAAAACUGCCAGACUCUGUCCCCUAAACCGAGCAAGCAGAGGCGCUGCCGAGGUGGACGGUGUCCCAAGUGGAAGACUGGCAGCUGGAGAGAGUGUUCAGCAUCGUGUGGCGACGGCAUCCAGCGUCGGGAGGUGUUCUGCCAGGAUGGAGACCGACGGAGCCCGAUAGAGAGCGGCUGCUCGCAGCGAUCCAGACCAGCGUCCAGCCAGACCUGCCGGGUCGCUCAGUGCCCCUCUCGGUACCGGUGGAGAGAAGGAGAUUGGCAGACGUGCAGUAAGUCGUGUGGGGCGGGCCACCGACGGCGAGCCUUGCAGUGUGUGGACCACAACCAGCAGGAGGUCCAUGAGAUGUACUGUGUGAAUCAGAUCAGACCUCCAGACAUGGAGAGCUGUAACAGCCAGGCCUGUGAGUUAAUCUGGAUCACAGGGGAAUGGACAGAGUGCUCAGCCAGCUGUGGACAGGGCUACCGGCAGCGUCUGAUCUCCUGCAGCGAGGUGCAUGUGGAGAAUGACAACUAUGAGUACGGCCAUCAGUCUCUGUCCAACUGCCCCGGGACCCCCCCUGAGAGCUACAUGCCUUGUAAUUUGGACCCGUGCCCACCGCCACAGAAGUGGAGGGUUGGAAUCUGGGGACUGUGUUCAGUGAGCUGUGGUGAUGGGGUGAUGGAGAGGACGGUGCAGUGCGUGUCCACGGAUGGCCAGGAAAGCAAUAGGUGUUCUCUAGACGCCAUGCCAGAGGACAGAAAAGUCUGCAGAAAUCCAGCCUGCCAUUUGCCUUCUAGCUGUCGUGACGUCCAGAGCGCGCACGGCCCCCUCCCAGACAGCGAACACUUUCUCAAUGUUCAAGGAAAAGCACGCAAGGUCUACUGUGCAGGAAUGCAGACGGAGACUCCACAGGAGUACAUCACCUUGACAACGGGAGAAAGGGAGAAUUUUUCAGAGAUCUUUGGCUUCAGGCUCAAUGACCCCACCCAGUGUCCAGCCAAUGGCUCCAGCAGAGAGGAUUGUGACUGUCGGAGAGACUACACCGCCGCCGGUAUCACCACCUUCUCCAAAGUGCGCCUGGACCUCAGCAAAAUGAACAUCAUUACUACAGAUUGGCAGUUUGCUUUCACCCGUGAAGGCAAGAGUGUUCCAUUCGCUACAGCUGGAGACUGCUACAGCGCCGCACGCUGUCCACAGGGGCGGUUUCGGAUCAACCUCUCAGGAACAGGUUUUAAGGUGGCUGAGGACACCUCUUGGACCUCCCAGGGCAACUAUGCAGUAGCUGAUAUACAAAAAUCACAGGAUGGCAGCAGAGUGUCAGGAAUAUGCGGAGGCUACUGUGGGAAAUGUACUCCAUCCUCUGGCUCCAGCCUGCCUCUAUCAGUGGAAUAGAUCUAAUACCGUUAAACAGGUGGGGGGUGCAUUUUACAUAUGACAAAAAAUUUAAUUAUAACACAAGAGUUUAGCCCUGCCACCAUAAUUCAAAACAUGUGAUCCAGAUCUGCAUUCGCGGAAUAUCUUUCCUUUUGUCCAGUCUUUCUACUACUGUGCAGGUUUAUGAGUUUUUAAUUAGUAACUAACUAAGUGUUAGUGUUGUUUGCGUGUCUUUUUUCCACUUCAGGUGGCCUUUGUGUCAGGACAUCCCUCCUCUUUGGUGCUACAGUAAAAUCAGAGCUCAAAACCAUCCUCCACAUGACCUCUUUUAUUCCCGUGUGUAUAGUGUAAAUUAAUCAGGUGUAAGUACUGUACAUAGCAGGAUAAAAAUUUCUUAUUUAUUGUACUCUCUCCAUUUAUUUUUGUAUUGUAAUAUAGUUUUACUCUUUUGUUGUUUGUGUAAACACUACACAGUUGCCAUUUAUCAGAUUUUUUUUGUUGUUGCCAGAAUGUGCCUUCCAAUUUGGAUAUUUGCCAUUUGGACUUGUUAGUACUGUCAUCACUCCACACUGCUUCACUGUUACAGCCAUAUGUUCCUUUUGAGACCAACUCAGUCAGUUGUGUUUUACACUAAUCUCAUUGUUGUGAUGGUCACCUGUCCUUUUGUUCAUAGGCAGUGAGGUGUCUCCAAUCAAUGGGUCUUUUUUUAUAACCCUUUUGCAGACACGUGGAUAGUCUUGUUUUACACUGUGUGCUAUUAAGUAGCUCCUUUAGACAAUUUUUAUUUUGGUUUAGGGAACGUCUCAGUUUCUUAGUUUGACUGUAUUUCCCAUUUAGAUGUCAAGUACAUCGAUCCUUACAGUUCUCAGUUGAGGGCAACUGUUGCCCAGAAACUUCCUCUUACUGGGAUGCUGCACUCUGUGGCCGUUUACAAAAUUCCGCGCCUCCUUCACCAGCACACUUUUCAUCUCAAUUUACUUUUGAGGUGUUGUAUUUGUAGCCAAUCAAAUUUAAAACCCAGUAUUAUAAACCUGCAUCUCUCCAGCUGUUAACUGCAGCAAUAAACAACAACAACAACGUGAGACGUUUACCCAUAGAGACGCGCCAACACAAACCCACUGGAACACAUUACUGGAUCCUAAGGAGAAGGUUGUAGGUUACAGGCGCUGUAGAGAUUACGCUGCCAGACAUCAGAAAGAGCCAAAUUCCUCUGUGUUCUUGCAUGUCUCCCAGGUAGCGUGCAGUGACCACAGAGAGCCAUUAGCCUUUAGCUUUUACAGAGCAGACAGGUUAUCUUAUCUGGAGCAACUUGAAAGAAUUCAGGAAAGAAAGACUUCACCUCAGGCCAAUAAAAUUCCAGUAGGUACUCCGGAGAUAUAAUGCACUGGUCGGGCCCUGGAGACACCUCUCAAACUGCUGAGCUCAUUGGCCCUACAGCAUGAUUUCUGUCCAGAUGCUGCCCAUAAAACUGUUGCCGUCUGUACCUCACAUUCUUCUCUCCAUAUUUGUUUUAAAGAGUCUGUCCAAACAUACUAAUAUGCACCUGCUUAGAGCAUUCUGACUUCUGUUUUUGUGACUAUAUCAGGGUACUUUUUGUGUAUAUGUCUGUAUGCUUUCGUAUCUCUUUAGCCAGUUUUAUACAGUUUGUGAGCAUUUUUUGUUGUUGCAGAAACAUUGAAAGACAGGAAGAAUUCAGCCAACCUAGUCUUACAUUAUUUAAGCCCUAACUGUGUGUAGGGUACAUACUGUAUGUACAACUGAUGAAGAAGCCAUAUUUGUUUUUAUAAGCCUUCCUGCAUAUGGUGCUAUUUUAGUGCCUUAUGUGAUAAUGUGCAGACUUCAGCCAAAGGGAAUGUCUUAAUCUGCCGUUACACUAGUAUGAAAUUAUUUCUAAUAACAUGGGGGAAGUAAACAUUUUGUGUCUUGUGAGAAUUAUAGUUCAGUCAAUAGAGUUCUCAGGUGUCAUAAGUGAAGGGAUUCUUAUGAUAUUUAAGUGUAUUUAACGUACUUUACACAUUUGCUGCAUGUUUAUCAGGUAACUCAAAAUAUAUUAAGUUUAACAACUUACAGUGUCAUUAUAUAUGCUUUAUUUUAUAUGCAAAUAUUUAUUUCACCUUUUCUUUAUGUUAAUGUAAAUAGACUUUGGUCAUAAAUGACUAUUGAUUACCAUGCAGUAUUGCCAUAAAAUGAACUGUCUGCCAACACAUUUUCUAUUUUGUGAAUGCAUUUAUUUAUCAUAUCUGCAUAAAUGGUAUAGGCAGAGUGCUGCCAUAUGAAAAGCAUGAUUUAUGUAUGAGAUCAGAUAAGGCAAUGAUCAGAAGGAAAUA